AUGCCUUCCCUCAACGGACGCGAAGUCGGCCCUACCGGCUACGGAACCAUGAGAAUGACCUGGGUUCCCCAGCCUCCCUCUCACGAGCAAUGCUUCGAAACCCUGAACACCACUCUCAAGCUAGGAGCCAACUUCUGGAACGCCGGCGAGCUCUACGGCACGCCCGAUUACAACUCCUGCCACCUCCUGAACAAGUACUUCACCAAGUACCCCGAGAACGCCGAGAAGGUCGUCCUGAGCAUCAAGGGUGGCUUGAAGCGUGGAGAGCUUACCCCCGAUAGCUCCGAGGCCAACAUCCGCCGGAGUGUGGAGGAGUGUCUGCGCGUGCUGGACGGAAAGAAGAAGAUCGAUAUCUUCGAGUGCGCUAGACAGGAUCCCAACGUGCCGGUGGAGCAGCAAGUGAGCACUCUGGCACAAUAUGUCAAGGAGGGCAAGAUUGGAGGUAUUGGUCUGAGUGAAGUCGAUGCAGAGACUAUUCGCAGAGCUCACAAGGUCCACCCGAUCGCAGCGGUAGAGGUUGAAUUGUCCCUCUUUGAUACCACGAUUCUCAACAAUGACGUCGCUAAGGUUUGUGCUGAGCUCAACAUCCCCGUUGUGGCUUACUCGCCUUUGGGCCGGGGCGUGUUGGCGGGUGCUUUCACCAGUGUGUCUGAGAUCCCUGAGGGUGAUUUCCGUAGAACGCUACCCAAGUUCCAGGAGGAUGCCAUGAAGGAAAAUAUCAAGCUGGUCAACGAGGUCAAGGACCUGGCGACGCGGAAGGGCGUGGCUCCUGUCCAGAUCGCCCUGGCUUGGAUCCUCACGCUGAGCGGCAAGCCGGGAAUGCCCACCAUUAUCCCCAUUCCUGGUGGUACGACGGUUGACAAGGUUACUCAGAACCUGGAGGGAGUCCCUCGCCUUAGUGAUGCUGAGAUGGACGAGCUUAAGAGUAUUCUGGACCGGAUUCAGGUGAUCGGAGCUCGCUACUAA